AUGUUUCCUAACGCUAAGAGCGACCUUGCCUCGAUUCGACCAGUAUCUUCUCUACUACAAAUUACCGGCAGCGCAAACACCACAACCCUUCUACUCGAGCUUUCCGCACCAUUGCAUCCGUCUUCUUCAACUUUACCUAAAUUCAACACCUUGGGAAGACGAAGAACCAUCGCUGCACACGAGAAUGGGUUCAAACUCUCUCCCAUGCCUCAUCCUAGAUGGCUACAGUUCACGUCGGCAUGGGUUCAUUCUCCAAAGAGUGGCUCAUCCCAGCCACUAUCCUUAUCGCGUGUCGAAUCAGCCCCCAUAAACCUUGAAGCCGCACCCGCUAUGCCGCAUAUGGUGAGGAGCGAUGCAGCCGCAAAAUGCGACAACAACAAGCUGAGCUAG